AAAAUUGAUGACAUACUAUUGCAAUAAUGGAGAUCAAAUUUAAGGUCCAAAAAGUCCCUACAAUUCCGAAACUUCACCCGAGCAACAACACACAGCCCUCCGCACUCGCAUUCGUCCAAGUCAACCCCGCGAAAAAAGAUAAAGCAGCCCAACGAAAAAUCCGCCAACAUGUAAUGAAGGACAUAGGUCUCUCCCGACGAAUGGGCACAGUGCGCACACCUCAUCCAACAAGCGAGUUGAUAUUCAUCCCCACAUACUGGGGCGACGCGCAAGUCUGCUAUAACUUCCGACGAUUAUUCCGGGCGAUGGAUAUGGUCUCUGAAGGAUUACUAUCAAUAGCUAUUGUCGACCCUGUCUUGAGAUGGAGGCAGAAAUUUACAGCGACAUUUGAGAGUCCGCCGACGCUGGAGGAGGUUCAGCAGUAUACUGAGUCGUUGAGCUUGGUGAGGGAGGGGAUUGAGGUGGAGAGUAAAGCUUGUGAGAAUGCUGUUAUCGGGACGGUUAUUUGUCUCGCGACUUUUGAUAUGCGCACCGGAAACUCGGAAUCAUGGAUGGUUCAUAUGACAGGCCUGGAAAGAAUAGUUGAGAUGGCUGGGGGCGUUGGAGAAAUGGACUCACGCCCCGCUAUCCGACAAUCUCUGUUUAUCUGUGACCUUUUGGGCUCAAUGGUGGAGGAUGCCGAACCGAGAUUCCCUUUGCCUCGAGACUUACCGACCUUGCCCGAAGCUACCAGAUCGCGAUAUGUCCAGAAGCUUUUAACUUCAUUGAGAAAUGAUGAUCAUGGAAGCAGAGAACUAAUUUCUAUCAUCCAUGGCGCUCUCACAUCCGCGAGUCAAGUCGCCGUCUUACUAAACGAAGUAUGGCUCGACAGCCCAUUCGCCCUCGAUCUCCUCAUUCCAGUCUGCGCUCUCGCACAUCAAGUCUUAUCGCUACAAAGAAUUAAUUCUAUACCGGAACACGACGGCUUUUCACAAGCGAAACCUACUGGAAUUAUCGCAGAGAUAGUGCGCAUCUCGGCUGUUUCUCUGUUCGCAUUGGUCAUGACACAGUCGUCUGGUGAUGCGCUGUACGUUGCAGCUAGAAGGAAUACUUCGGUUGAACAACUUAUGGCGCAAUUAGGUGACAAGUUCUGGGAGGGGAAAGAGGAGCUGAAGCUUUGGGUGUUGGUUGUCCAGGUCUGUAUGGGUGUUGGUUCUUUGAAGCCCUGGUAUCUGGAUCAGAUCACUCAGACCAUGUCGCGUAUUCGGCUACGUGCAUGGGAAGACUUGAUGGAUUGUUUGCGAAAAGUGGUCUGGGUAGAAAAUGUCUCUCCAUUAGAGAUGACGCAACUUCGGUCUGAUAUUGGAGAAUGGCUAUCCUAGUACGACAUUUCACAAGUUAAUACGAACGGCCUAGUAAGUGACGCCGCCACUAACACCAACAUACUGCCCCGUAAUCCACCUAGACUUCUCCUGAACCAACAAGAGAACAGCAUCACCAAUA